AGUUCUUUUCAGCAUAAUUUACUAUUGAGUUAAAUAAAAAUAAUAAUAAUUAAAGAAUAUGGACAGUUCUUUAUUUCCAACGCGUAGUUUUCGCUCUAGAGGUCGUAUUACUCCUCCAGCAUUCUUAUCAAAAGUUACGCAUAAAACAACAGAAUUUAUCAACCAUCUACGUGGUCGAAUCGAAUCGCCUAUAUUAAAAACAAAUCAUACCACUUUAUUAUCACGUCGACGUGGUGAUUCAUCCGAUGGCUUUAGCAGUGGUAGUAAUACUAACAUUAAUAAUAAUAUGGAAUUAAAUGAAAUCGAUACAAGUUCAAUUAAAACUACAUCAACCAGCUCAUCAGCACAUUCAGGAUUCCUGAGUUUUACACUGCCUACAACAAUUGAUAUAGACGAUCCUCUACCGAUACCUGUCUGUCGUUUGGGUAAAUAUCAAGCUGAAUGGAAUACUGGAGAGUUGGGUGCCUGGCGUCUACUUACACAUGAUACAAUAACUACACUUCCAACUAGUCAGUCAAUUGAUGAUCGAAAUGAGCCGAGUUUAUCGGUGUUAAAACGUAUGAAUAAAGAUUUAAGAGAAGAACAGAAAUUCUUAUUGACAAAAUUAAAUCUUCUUUAUGACAGCUUAGUAAAACAAACCGCACUAGUAAAUCAACAUGAAAGAAAACUGGAUAAAUUACGAAUACAGUUAAAACAAAGAACAGAGAAUACACCAGAAGAUAUCAGAGCUGAUCUAAUCCAUGAAUUAAAUGAACAUAUUGAAAAGACCAGAUCACGUCAACACUUAGACUUGAUGUCUAUCACUGAAAGUAUACGAAGUGAAAGUACAGACAAUGAUGAGAAUACAAUUAAUGCUACAACUAAAGGUCAAUGCUCAAAUAAUACAAAUCGAUUGUUGAAUAAAAAUAAAAGUAAACCAGUGAAUCAUGAUGACAACUCUUCAACUAUUCGCUUUGAUGAAACUCAUAGUUUAUAUUCAUCGAAAAAGACGACAAAAGAUGAAGUCGGGGAACAGAACGAUGAAGAGUUAAGUCAGCAAGGAGAAGAUGAAGAUGGAGAUGAGGGGAUGAAGAAGACUUAG